CCAGCAGAGAUCAUGUCGCGUCAAAAACCAUUCAGUACGACUCGUUGCUAAUAGACCGCUGCAACAACCAGCCGCGAGAGCCAACAUCAGACGCAGCAACGAGAUGAACGGCGAUAGAAGACUCGCUCGGGUAGUAUCACUCCGCGUUGCCUUUUAUACUGGACUGUCGCGUAUGCUGCAUCGCGACGCACCGCCCCAUCAAUGCUGCAGAACUGCGUCUUGGCUGCUCGCCAAGUUGCAGCAGCGCAAUGAAUUGGAAUUGGAUAAAUGUAACAUGUCUCUGUGA